UCGAUUCCCAGAAUUCCAGGGGCAGGACCGGCUGUUGGACAAACAGAUCAAAGGUGAGACUGCGAAUCCAGACCCGGCCUGGCCAGCUGGACGGGCGCACCAUGAGGCUGCUGAUCCUCCUGGGCCUGCUCUGGGGCUCGGCAGCCGCCCCCGGGGGCACACAGUGGCCGCAGCCCGUGUUCGGGCGCCUGGCGUCGCCUGGCUUCCCGGGGAAGUACCCGGAUGACCAGGAGCUGCGCUGGACCCUGACGGCGCCCCCGGGCUACCGCCUGCGCCUCUACUUCACCCACUUCCACCUGGAGCUCUCCUACCGCUGCGAGUACGACUUCGUCCAGCUGAGCUCGGGGACCGAGGUGCUGGCCACGCUGUGCGGCUGGGAGAGCACGGACACGGAGCAGGCCCCGGGGAACACCACCUUCUACUCGCCCGGCCCCAGCCUGAACGUCACCUUCCGCUCCGACUACUCCAACGAGAAGGCGUUCACGGGCUUUGAGGCCUUCUACGCAGCAGAGGACAUCGAUGAGUGCCAAGUGCCCCCCGGAGCGGCCCCCGCCUGCGACCACCACUGCCACAACCACCUGGGCGGCUUCUACUGCUCCUGCCGGGCGGGCUACGUGCUCCACCAGAACAGGCGCACCUGCUCAGCCCUGUGCUCAGGCCAGGUCUUCACCGAGCGGUCUGGGGUGAUCAGCAGCCCGGAAUACCCACAGCCGUACCCCAAACUCUCCAGCUGCACCUACAGCAUCCGCCUGGAGGAGGGGUUCAGUGUCAUCCUGGACUUCGUGGAGUCCUUCGACGUGGAGGCGCACCCCGAAACCCAGUGCCCCUACGACUCCCUCAAGAUUCAGACAGACAAGAAGGAAUUCGGCCCAUUCUGUGGGAAGACGUUGCCCAGCAGGAUUGAAACCAAGAGCAACGCUGUGACUGUGACCUUUGUUACUGACCAGUCGGGGGACCACACAGGCUGGAAGGUCCACUACACCAGCACAGCUCAGCCGUGCCCUGAUCCGGUGGCGCCACCUCAUGGCCGCAUCGCACCUGUGCAAGCCACGUACGUCCUGCAAGACCGCUUCUCCGUGGUGUGCGCGGCUGGCUACGAGCUUCUGCGGGGUCAUUUGCCCCUGAGUUCAUUUACUGCCGUCUGCCAGAAGGAUGGAUCUUGGGACCAGCCGAUGCCGGAAUGCAGCAUUGUUGAGUGUGGCCCUCCUGAUGACCUACCCAACGGCCGAGUGGAGUACCUCGCGGGUUCCGAGGUGACUACGUACAAAGCUGUGAUUCAGUACCGCUGCACCGAGACCUUCUACACAAUGGCAAGAGGUGAUGGUAAAUAUGUGUGUGAGGCUGAUGGAUUCUGGACGAGCUCCAAAGGAGAAAAAUCACUCCCAGUCUGUGAGCCUGUUUGCGGACUGUCAGCCCGUACAACAGGAGGUCGUAUAUAUGGAGGGCAAAACGCAAAGCUUGGCGAUUUUCCUUGGCAAGUCCUGCUAUUAUUCGGCGACACCACAGCAGCAGGUGCACUUUUGAAUGACAACUGGAUCCUAACGGCUGCUCAUGCCAUAUAUGAGCAAAAAGAAGUCGCCUCCUCCCUGAACAUUCGAAUGGGUGCCCUGAAGAGACUGUCGCCUCAGCACACACAAGCCUGGGCAGAGGCCAUUUUCAUCCAUGAGGGCUACAGGCAUGCUGCUGGUUUCGAUAACGACAUAGCGCUGAUUAAACUGCAGAACAAAGUUGCCAUCAACAGCAGCAUCAUGCCUAUCUGCUUGCCAGGAGAGGCAGCUGAAUCCUUCAUGAGGACAAAUGACAUUGGGACUGUAUCCGGAUGGGGAUUAACCCAGAGGGGUUUUCUUGCCCGGAGUCUGAAGUUUGUUGACAUACCAAUUGUUGAUCAUCACACAUGUGCUGCUGCCUAUGAGAAGCUGCAUCCAGGGGCCAAGGUAACGGACAACAUGCUUUGUGCUGGUGUGGAGAGUGGGGGCAAGGAUAGCUGUGGAGGCGACAGCGGAGGGGCAUUCGUGUUUCUAGACAAUGAGACACACAGGUGGUUUGUGGGAGGAAUAGUGUCCUGGGGCUCCAAUAAUUGUGGAGAAGCACAAGUGUAUGGGGUUUACACAAAAGUCAUUAACUAUAUUCCCUGGAUCAAGAAAAUAAUGAAUAACUUUUAAUUUGUAUGUUUUCAGUCAGUAAAUGCCUUUUAAAAAUGCCUGUAAAAGAUCACAGCAGCAAUGUGACCCGAGGAACAUUGGUACAGCCAC